AUGUCAUCUUCUUCAUCUUCUGAAGAAUUUCAAGUUAUUUUUUAUGCCGUUGUUGCGUGUGCUCAAAUGGCGGAACAAACAUACGAUGCUUUAUGCAAUAACGCAGCUGCAAGUGAUCAUGGUCACCCAACGGUCAUACUUGAAGCAGUUGCAUCACAAGAUCUGUGGAUUUGCCAUGCAUUUUCUGGUUCUCCUAGUUCGAUUAACGACAUCAACGUUCUUAAUCGUUCACCUAUAUUUAACAACAUAUACGAUGGAUCUGCACCAGAUUCUUAUUUUGAAACAAAAAAAAAAAAAAAAUUCAAGAGAGCUCAAGAAAGAGCUAGGAAGGAUGUUGAGCGUGCUUUUGGAGCUCUGGAGAAACGGUGGUUCAUAUUGAAAAAACCAGCAGUUAAUUUAGGCGAGGAAAAGCUUCAAGAAAUCAUGUAUACAUGUAUCAUAUUGCAUAACAUGACGAUUGAAGACGAAAGAAGAACGAUAUGUGCGUUUGAUGAGGAAGAAACCAUACCAGAGACACAACCAAUAGAAAUUGGUGGCGAAGAGUAUAUGAACAGGAGAGUAGAGAUACGUUGCACUGAAACAUUUCACAAGCUUCGCAAUGACUUGGUGGAACACAUUUACGGGGUUCAAAACAUUAACCUUAAUUUGGAUCCACCGGAUGACUCCGAAGACGAGUUCUCGGAUAACGACUUUAUUUGUUUGCUUUAG